AUGCCAAGAGUACGACACACACCGAAAUCCGACCAAGUUUCGGAUAAAGAAGCCGCCACACCAUCGAAGAAGGAAGAUCCCAGAGAAUCCUUGUGCAAUCAGCUCCAGCAGAUGGAAGCUGCCACACCAAAGAAGAAGGAAACAGUGAACACCAGAGAAAAUUUAUGCUACCAGCGUCAACAGAUCAGCAGAAAAGUGAAUGUGAUUAACCGUCAUCUUGAGGAAGCCGAAGAUGAGCCACAGAAGAUAAACCCAUCAUUACUGAAAGUGUUUGCGAAGAAACUGGAGCUCCAUUAUAAGGAGUUCACAGACAUUCAUCGCGAAAUACAAACAUUGACCGUUUCAUCUGACAUCGAGGAGGAGGAAGAAAAAUUAGAUCAAUUUGACGCGCUUCACACGAACACACUCGCUUUGUUGGAGCAACUCACCGAUAUAUUUUCGCCUGCCAUGAAUUCCAGAACAGAAAAUUCAAAUCAAACUGUGAUUGUUCAACAGCCAAUAAGAGCACCUGUGCCAACUUUCGACGGCAGAGUGGAGAACUGGCCGAAGUUCCGCACGAUGUUUGAGGAUAUUUUCGCUCGCAGUGGAGAUUCCGAUGCAGUUAAACUGCACCAUCUCGACAAGGCUCUAAUAGACGAUGCAGCGGGCUGGAUUACAGCAAAGAUAAUUACAGACAACAAUUUUCAACAAACAUGGCAGCAACUCAUCGAUCAAUAUGAGAAUCCAAGAGUGAUCGUCGACACACAUCUCGACGGAUUGCUUGAUUUAAAGCCAAUAACUAAGCGAAAUUUUAAGGAUUUACUCGAAUUAGUUAAAUCUUUCAAUCGCCAUGUUGGCGGGCUCGAGUAUCAGGGGCUGAAAGUGGAUGAGCUUUCAGGCCUCAUUUUGGUGAAAAUUCUUACGUCGAGAUUAGAUAGCCAAACACUUCAACUUUGGGAGAGGAACCAACAGCAUGCUAAAUUACCAAAUAUUCAAGACACCGUAUCCUUCCUUCGCAGCGAAUGUCAAGUUUUGGAAAGGUUCCAGAAUCAAUUCCAGGUUACAUCAAAGGAGGCGCAGUCUAAGCAGUAUACGAGCUUCAGGCCGUCGAACCAGAAAUCAUACACAGCAACAGCUGCAACUUCCGUAGGUUCCUGUGAAAUAUGUAACGAGAGCCACCGCCAUUUUGAGUGUCCGGAGUUUCAUAAGCUAUCACCGAUCCAGCGUAACGCAAAGGUGAAGGAAUUGAAAAUCUGUUUUAAUUGUCUCCGUCCUGGGCAUAGAUCCCUAGAAUGUUCAUCGAAGAAAACAUGCGCUCGAUGUCACCGUAAACAUCACACACUUUUGCAUCAGGAAUCGUCUACUACAGAAGACCAUUCUUUCAGCCACAAAAUGGAAGAACAACCAUGUUCCAGCACCCCAGAGAAGUUUACCGUCUGCGAGCCAGUCACCAAUACGGUUGUAUCUUGUAAUUGCCACAGAGCUACUACAACUGUGAUGUUAAUGACUGCUAUGGUGCGGGUCAGAGAUAAUUGUGGAUACACAACGCCUUGCAGAGUGUUGCUGGAUAGCGGAUCACAAGUGAAUUUCAUAUCCAAGUCGUUAAUCGAUCGUUUAUCCGUCACACGACGGCCAGUGUACAAGCCCAUAGCCGGAAUUGGUGGGACCAAAACGUACGCCAAAGAAACAGUGAUGGUGGAAGUAGAAUCGAUGCACUCCGACUAUUCCACCAAUUUUGAAUGUUUAGUGGUUCCUAACAUAACGGGAUCAAUUCCAGCAACGCAUAUACAAGUAUCAUCAUGGCCAAUUGAUAACAGUAUACCCAUCGCAGAUCCGAACUUCAACAACCCGGCUCCCAUCGAUAUGCUAAUUGGCGUCUCACAAUUUCUACAAUUGUUGAAGACGGGCCGUGUUCAGCUAGGAAACAACUUGCCUGAAUUGAUAGAAACACAUCUUGGAUGGGUAGUUGCUGGUAGCAUCGACGAUGGCGACUCUCAACAUUGUUUAGCCGUUGCAAAUGAUUCAAUCUCCGAAGUUCUACGCCAGUUUUGGGAGUUGGAAGAAAUUCAUGAAGCUUCACAAUCUACUGAACAAGAAGAGUGCGAGAAAAUAUUCCAAACAACCCAUUAUCGAGAUAUUACAGGAAGAUAUGUGGUAAGUUUACCUUUGCGAGAAUCAAUUCAAGACCUAGGUAACAAUCGAACACUGGCCAUGCGACGCUUCCUUUCGCUGGAAAGAAGACUUGCGAGAAAUCCGGAACUGAAGCAACAGUAUCAGCAAUUUAUCGAAGAAUAUGAAUCUAUGGGACACUGUCGAGAAAUAAAGGAAUCCAAUUGUUCACUCGACAAGGGCACGUAUUAUAUUCCGCAUCAAGCUAUUCUGCGCCCAUCGAGUUCAACAACAAAACUGCGAGUAGUGUUUGAUGCAUCGUCUAAAGCAUCACCGAGUGACAAAUCACUUAAUGACGUCCUUCAAGUAGGAGGAAUACUUCAAAGCGAUAUUUUCAGUAUCCUGCUACGAUUCAGGAAACAUCGUUUCGUUUUCACAGCCUCUCACUUGAUAGUGCAGAUCAUACAACAAGACGUUUUUGCUGAUGAAAUUCAACGAGUACGAGCUGGAGAACCCAUUAUCUACGCUGGUUCGGUUUCUAUCGAACUAGCUGUAGUGUCCCGCAACCUGCACGAUCAGUUUAAUCUCCAGCUGAAUAGGCAGUCGCCGGGAAACGACAUGAUUGAAUAUCCACGGGUGAACAGCGUACCGCUGAACUCACUCAAUCGUAAUGGGUCGCCAACGAUUGAUGUGACCAAAGCGAAUGUACGCAGCAGUAUGACACUAUCCCGUCGGUAG